AUGGCGGAUUCCGAAGAUUUGGGCUUUGAGCACAUGGGACUAGACCCACGGCUACUGCAGGCCAUCGCAGAGCAGGGCUGGACUCGGCCCACUCUCAUCCAAGAGAAAGCCAUUCCACUGGCGUUGGAAGGGAAGGACCUGUUGGCCCGGGCCCGCACCGGUUCGGGGAAGACCGCGGCUUAUGCCAUCCCCUUGCUUCAGCAUCUGCUUCAUAGGAAGGCGACAGGACCAGUGGUGGAACAGGCAGUUCGAGGCCUUGUUCUUGUACCUACCAAGGAGUUGGCACGACAGGCACAGACCAUGAUCCGUCAGCUGACCGCAUAUUGUGCCCGGGAUGUUCGUGUUGUUGAUGUGUCAGCAUCAGAGGACUUUGCUUUUCAAAGGCCUUUGCUAAUGGAGAAACCAGAUGUGGUAGUAGGUACACCAUCACGAGUGCUAAGUCAUCUGCUGCAGGGAAACUUGAACCUUCGUGACUCCUUGGAGCUGCUUGUAAUGGAUGAGGCUGACUUGCUUUUCUCCUUUGGCUUUGAAGAAGAGCUUAAGACCCUUCUUUGCCACCUGCCUCGGAUAUACCAGGCCUUCCUCAUGUCAGCUACUUUUAAUGAAGAUGUACAGGCCCUCAAGGAACUUGUAUUACAUAAUCCGGUAACCCUGAAGUUGCAGAAGCCCAGCUUCCUGGCGCCAGAUCAGCUGCAGCAAUUUCAAGUAGUCUGUGAGACCGGAGACAAAUUCCUGUUACUCUAUGCCCUUCUAAAGGCUAUCUUUGUUGCGGGCAAGUCCCUACUCUUUGUUAACACCCUAGACACGGUUACCCGCCUUCGACUUUUCCUGGAGCAAUUCACCAAUCCUGCCUGUGUGCUCAAUGGAGAGCUGCCUCUUCGUUCCAGGUGCCAUAUCAUCUCCCAGUUCAACCAAGGCUUCUAUGAUUGUGUCAUUGCAACUGAUGAAGAAGUGCUGGGGGCCCCUGUAAAGGGCAAACGACGGGGGCCAGGGAUCCAAAGGAGAGAGGUGAUGGCCUCUGAUACAGAAUCAGGUGUGGCACGUGGCAUUGAUUUUCACAAUGUAACAGCUGUGCUCAAUUUUGAUCUCCCACCUUCACCUGAGGCCUACAUUCAUCGAGCUGGCAGAACUGCACGAGCCAACAACCCAGGAACAGCUCUGACCUUUGUCCUGCCCACCGAACGUCCCCAGCUAAAAGAAAUUGAGGAGGCCCUCGGGGGAGAAAGUGCAGAGUCUAUGUUUCUUCCAUACCAAUUUCGAAUGGAGGAGAUCGAGGGUUUCCGAUACCGCUGUCGGGAUGCCAUGCGUUCUGUGACAAAACAAGCCAUUCGGGAAGCGAGACUGAAGGAGAUUAAAGAGGAACUUCUGCACUCAGAGAAGCUUAAGGACCUACUUGGAGACAACCCUAGAGACUUACAGCUCUUACGACAUGACCGACCCCUUCACCCUGCAGUGGUGAAACCACAUCUUGGUCACGUUCCUGACUACUUGUGCCCCCCCACACUUCGUGGCAUUGCCCGCCCUCACAGCAGGCGGAAGCGCAACAGACCCUUCGCCUCUCACAGGAAAUUUAAGGCCCCAAAGACACAGAAUCCUCUUCGAAGCUUCAAGUACACCAGGAGGAAGCCAAGGACCUCUGCUGCUUCAGCUAAGCACUCCUGAGAUUGCUCACCUGAGUGGCAGAAGUUCCUGCCUUCCCUUGAGAGCCAGCUGUCCAGUCAGUCACUUGUUUGUCACCCUUGGUGGAAGGAUGACUGGCCCUGUCCUGUGACUGGUGCACUCAAUAUGGGAUCUGCUUAAGAGACUGGACUCUCAAGGGCCAGGUAGAGAAGGUGAGCAGCCUUUCUCUAGUGUUGGCCUCACCCCUUGUGGAGAUGGGAGAUUUUGCUCCCCAGGCUGCAGUGUGCUGUAUCUCUCCUCUGCCAGCAGGGGUCGCCAUGCACAGACUCAAAGACAGCUGGAAUAAGUGGGACACUAAUAAGUGAAAAGAAAUACACUGUUAUUCUUCAUACUCACGAUGCUGCAUUGAUUCCUGCUCAUACCAUAGCAUCUCUGCUUCCUACACUGACCUUGAUUUGUUGCACUCCUCCUCCCCUUUUGGAGCUCCCAGAUUCACUGCCUAAGACCACAGGUCCCCAUCUCUGGUCUGAAGCCAUGUCCUCUGGGUGUUCACACAUUUCUUGCCCAUUUUCAGCCCCUGGUUCUCACUAACACAUCUGAUUAGGAAGUUGGUGUCUGAGGCCUAUGUUUGUCUCUUUCUAUCAUUCAAGAACUCUACUCCUACUCAUGGAGAAGUUUCUACUGGUACCUGGGAUGUAGCCUUCUCAUUCUUAUUUGAGCUUUCUUUUACAUUUUUGUGAGAAAAACAUGUUCUUUGUAGAGAUAGAAUGCUAGAUUUGGAGUCGGCCUGAGCUCAAAAUCCAGCUCUGCCAUUUUAUAAAGGUAUGAUCUGCAAGCGAUUUAACUUCUCCAGCUUUAGUUUUCUUAUCUCUAAAAAACAAUAAGGUUGUACCAGAUGGUCUCUAAGGUUCCUUUUAUCUCUAAAAUUUAUGAAUCUAUGAGACAUUGUUUUCAUAGUAGGUCCCCUGCUUGUGCUCUCAGUAACCAUGGACCUCCUAGUUCUCUGUCUCUGACAUGCCUAGAGCAAACGUCUUUUAUGAGGGAGAAGCUCUUUUGGAAGAAAUAAGGAGGGUUACUCUGCCAUGCUGGGUGUGUCCCAGUGAUGACUCAGCAUAGCCAUUUAGUCACCCAUACAUAAUCUCUCAUCCCCUGAUUUAUCAUGUAUUGGCCAGGUAGGAGCCAUAAAGUUAGCUCUGGGAAGAUGGGAGCAUGAGGAAAAUACGUGAGUUCCUCCUGAGGGCAGAGACCUAGAAGAAAGAAAACAUUUAAAGAUACAUGCUAGAAUCAUCAAACUCAACAGAUAAGAGAGAUUAAAGCCUUUGGUCUACUGAUGAGGUCAAAGUGCCUUGCUUCAAGGUGGUUCUCCUGUUAACAGUGAUUAGGAAGGGAAUGGAAAGGGAUGCCAAGGGCCUAAGCAGUGACUAAAUAGGACUGAUGCGUAUUCUGAGGGAGGAACAGAAACAGCAGCCAGAGACAUAGCAACGGUGUUUAUCUAAACUCUGGAAAAGUACAGGUGUGAGGUGAAAAAAGGUGGAAGACCUGACCCAUCAUAGUGAGUGGAAAUAAUUCAAUCACUUUAACUCAACAAGUACUAUUAAACACCUGCAUUAGCUCUUUGUGAACUUCCAAGGAGCUCAAGGUGUGGGUUUUAAUACAUUUUGACAAGCACUGUGCUAGAUGAUGGAAGUACAAAGAAAUGUAUCCUUGUCCUUGAGAAUUUACACUCUCACAGAUUAAGUGUGUGCAAAGUAAUUUGCAGUGGGGGGAAGUUUCUGGGGGGGGGGGGGAGGAAGAUCACCUUGUCUAGUACUUGUCAGCUGAACUAUGCUUUGAACAGACCUAGGGAUUCCAAGAGGGGAGGAGGUGCAGGGAAGGAGUUGGGAGAUAGAAUGUUGGGGAUGAACAGACCUAGGGAUUCCAAGAGGGGAGGAGGUGCAAGGAAGGAGUUGGGAGAUAGAAUGUUGGGGAUGAGGAACAGUUUUUUACCUCCAGACUUCUCUGAUGUAUAAGAAAGUAGUGAGGGUUGUUGCUGUAAACAAAGGAUGUCAUCUUUUGAUCCAGAGAGCCCACUAGGCUUAUUCCCCAACCACACCGAAGACAAAAGAUACUAUAUGUAUAUGCUGAAAUAUUCAUUGCAUGACUUGAAACAAGUAGGUGCCUAGGGACUGGUAAAUGGCUUAACAACUUGUGGUGUAUGAAUGUACUGGGAUGCUAUUUUACCUUAAACAAGCAUGACUAUUUCAGAGAAGCAUUUGAAGACUGAUAAACUGACACAAAGUGUCAUAAGCAGGAAAACUGCAUGUACGUAGUAACUACAAUAUAAAUGGAGGGAAUAAUGAAACCAAACCUGACGUUGUGUUAAGUAUAGCCCUAAAAAGUGUUGAAAGAAAAGUGAUCUCAUUCUCUGGGCCCACUCUACUGCUGAUUUUACAGACCUACCAUAUCUGAAAAAACAACUAAAUAUUCCAUCCUAUUAUUCCUUCAAGCUAUUCCCCUGGGUUUUUUUUUACUCAGCCAAACUAGGCAGUGCUUUCUACACUUCUGCCCUCUAAUUCCUUAACCCCUUGCAAUAUAACUUUUUACUUGUUUUCAACUACCAUAUAUUUUCUCUCCCACAUCUCCCCACCUGGGGAAAAAAAUUUAUAGCAAAUUUGUAUUAAUCAAGCCAAACAAAUUCCUAUGUUGACCAUGUCCAAAAAUAUAAAGCUACUUUCCCUAGUGAUCAAUUAAUUGCCCAUCUUUGCAGCAUUUGACACCCAUGACCAUCCCUUCUACCUAGGUACUUUUACCUGCAUUUUUUGGUGACACUGCUUUCUUCUGGUUCUCUGUCUGGUCACUUCUGCUUUGCUGAAUCAUUAUCUGUAAUCUGAAUCGGAUUUCCAGGGUCUGUCCUAGGCCUUCUCUUUUUUCCUACAAUUUUCCUUAACAGUCUCAUCAGCUCCCUUGGGAUGCUCCCUCUUCCCUCAUCCCAUCUAUCCAUUGCCAUUCUUUGUUCACUCUGCCUCCACAUCUCCCAUACAAAUCAGUGGACAUUAAUGAUUGCUACUACAAUCAGGCUCGGUAUGAAUAUUUUGGCUCACAUGGCCUUUUUAUUUUUGACAUUCUUAGGGCAUGUAUGUCCAGAAAUGGAAUCUCUGGGUAAAGGUGUAUGGGGGUGUUAGUAAUUUUCUUAGCAUAGCUCCCUAUUGCUUUCCAGGAUGGUCAAACCAAUCAAUUUAGUUCCCUCAAGAGUAUAUUGAUAUGCCUGUCUUUUUACAGCCCCACAGUGUUGACUCUUGUCUCCUGAAGAUUUUCUGUGUGUGGGUGAGGGAAAACCCCAGGGUUGGGUUAUUUCACAUUUCUCCUCUUACCUUAGUCAUUGAGGUUUGCAAAUCUUAUGAUUAUCCCUUUCCCUGCGCUUUGACCACUUAUCAAUUGUUUACCUUCUUUGUAGUGAAAAUCUUUUGAAUGAUAUAAAAGACUCCAGGUAUAUGCAAGGUAUCUCUGCCUUUAAAAUCUUAAAACUAUACUAAGGCAUUUAAAACACCCUAUAUAUUUACUAGGUCUUGUUAAAUUGCACUCAACCCCUGGCUACAACUGUCCUAUAUUUUAAGCUGUGUUUCAG